CUAUCGCCUUUGAGUUGCACCUUGUACACUUACUCACCUCGGUCUAAGACCUAACCUUGUCGGUAUUCUUCAUUGUUUGGGUUUGAUGUAAGAUUGAACUUAUCAGGUCUAUCGAAACGCUACUUGUCAGCUUUUUACGUUGUUCAGAACCAACUACAUCAGCUUGUAUAGCAUCGUCUGACAUGAGUGAGUCAGGUAAUGCUAUUGGCAUUGCGGAAAUCAGCAGAGAUGCAAGCAAUGAAACUUGCCAGACCCACCGGACUCAACUCAGAGAACUCCAAGCAAAGUUCGCAGAACUAGAACAGAGAUUCCACGAUCGGUCCCGCGAUAUUCGUCUCCGCGAUGAAGCUAUUAGAUACCUAUACGAUUCUGUCGCGGCUAUUCAAGCCGUCUAUCUUGAAGAAUGCGUGGGUAUAGUCAAUUCUAUCCAGGCAGCUUGCAACGCAAAUCGACGUGUCCUGGCCGAAAACCAACGCAUUGAGAGGAUCUAUGAAGAACAGUCAUUAGAGAUCGUUCACUUCCAAGAACUUGAAGUGCACUUAAGAAAUAUCAUACAAGAAAAGCAGAAUGAGGUAUCGGGACUCGAAGAAAAGAUCUGCAACUUGAACCGCGAGAAUGCAACUCUGUACCAUGCAUCAAUGGCGCCAAUAGAGAAAGACAUCGAAAACAGCCUCAGUACCAAGGAUAGUCCAGAUACAAACAGGAACAGCGACAGUCGCCGCUGCGAGCUCGCACAUCUGGCCCUAGCGAGCAGUCCUUUUCAGUCUAUAGGUGACGACCCGACCGUGCCUGCAGCAACUCUUCAGGAUGAAAUAGAAAUCACGGAUCAGGAAACGUCCCAGAAACCAGACACAACAGUGACAGGCAAUAGACAGACUGAUGAGCAGCGCCGUCAUCGCCGCCAUCGCCGCCGAGCUAUCUACAUGCCGCGGAUACCCUCAGGAGAAAUAGCAGUGGCCGCCAAUGCAGGCUCUGAAGCCAGCUUUCUGAACUUAACGUUGAACCACACAUCGAUCUCGACAAGUCCGGUCGCAGCAAAUGAUACAAAGUCUGAUUCCCCGACUCAUAUUCAGGAGUCGAGCUCGAAUUACACUCGGUGUACCCCUGUGAAUCUGUCAGAGGCUCAAACUGUGGGCCAGCCGCGUGAACCCACUAGCAUGAGUUAUCGCAUAAGACAGAGGCUGAGCCGACUUCGACGACACUGA